AACGCCGUCCACCUUUUCGCCGUCGCCGCCGUCACUCUCUUGACUGACCGGGUCCCGCGUCGCCAUUAUAAGCCGUACGGUCGAUAUGUACAGCCAGGUCCUGCCCACAACGCAACGCCAGCAUACAACAUACAUAGGGGCUUUGAUCUCUGCCCCGCCCCGCCCCGCUGCUUUCUCCACUCCAAAUUUCCAAUAUUCAGGAAGGUAGGUAGUAGCUGCUAGAUACGAUGGGCAGCCGCGCGGGUGGCACGGAAACGGCGGAGGAGAGGACGCGGGUGUGCGACCUCCCGGAGGCGUGCGUGGCGCACGUGAUCGCGCUCACCUCCCCGCGGGACGCCUGCCGCUGCGCCGCUGUCUCGCCCUGCUUCCGCGACGCCGCCGGCUCCGACGUCGUCUGGGCGCGUUUCCUCCCGCCGGACUACCUCCAGCUGCACCAGGCGCCGGCCCGGCGAUUCCCGCUCUCGCGCUCCGCCUCCACGGCCUCGGCGGCGGCGUCGGCGUCGUCCACCAAGAAGGAGGCCUACCUCGGGCUCACCGACGCGGCCCUGCUGGUGGACGGCGGCGGCAUGGCGGUGUGGCUGGCCAAGGAGAGCGGCGCCAAGUGCGUGGCGAUCUCGGCGAGGAGGCUCAGCCUGCCGUGGGAGGACGGCGAGUUCAGCUGGAGGUGGACGCCCCACCCGCUCUCCAGGUUCGCGGACGUGGCCCAGCUGGUGGACUGCACGUGCCUCGACAUCUACGGCCGGCUCCCCACCGCCGCGCUCACGCCGGCCACCGCCUACGCGGCGUACCUCGUCUUCGCCACCGAAGACGCCCACCGCGGCCUGAGCUUCCCAGACCAGGAGACCACCGUGAGCGUGGGCGGUAGCGCUCCGUCGCGCCAUGCCGUGUGCCUCCGCCCCGACCCCACCGAUGCGCGCAGGUUUAGAGACGACAAAGUUAUGGACGGCGUCCACGUAAGGGGCCCGGUGCUGCGCGGCGAUGGGUGGUGGGAGGUGGAGAUGGGGCUGUUGCGCACCCGCGACGAGGCAGCGGCGGGGGAGGAGGUGGCAGUGAGCUUCGAGAUAUUGGGGUGGUACCCCAAGCGUGGGCUCAUCGUGGAAGGCAUCGAGUUCAGGCCCAUAUGAUCGAUCCUAGCUAGAGACCUCAACUUAUGUUUGUACACUGAAUAUCGGUUCAUCUCGUCGAUGAGCGAGCGCAUGCAUGUGCGUCUUGAAGGAAAUAUGCCCUAGAGGCAAUAAUAAAGUUAUUAUUUAUUUCCUUA